UUUCUCUGAAUAAAUUAGAUCAACUACCGAGUACUAACAAAUCCUACAUGGUAUUUGACCUAGAGACUACUGGUUUAGCCAGGACAUCAGACAUUGUUCAGAUUGCAGCUGUAUGUGGAGAGAGAGAGUUCAACAUGUACUUGACACCACAGUCCCCAAUUAGUCUUGAUGCAUCUGCAGCAACUGGGCUUACUUUUGUUGGUGGUGUGCUGAAGCAUAAUGGCAAGAAGGUGGACCAUAAAGAGCCCUUUGAAGGACUUCAGCAGUUUGUAGAAUUUUUGAAGACUGUUGAUUGUAAACCUAUUUUGGUUGGGCACAAUAUACAAUGUUUUGACCUACCAGUGUUAAUGAAUCAGCUAGUCAAAUGUAAAUUACUUGACAGUUUUGCUAGCACUGUCACUGGUUUUAUAGAUACCUUACAAGUGUCUAGGAAAUCUUUCAGCAAAGAUGAUGUUAAAGAUUUUAAACAAGUCACUCUUGUAAAUACUUUCAUUGGAAAAGAUUAUGAAGCUCAUAAUGCUAUUGCUGAUGUGAAGGCAUUGAGGGAACUUUUUGAAAUGAAGUUGUUGGCUCUGUGUUCAGCUAAUGAUGUGUUCACUUUGAAUUAUUAUACCACAAAGAAGUCUUUAGAGCCCCUUGUUAAGGCAAAGAUUGUAUCUUCCAUGAUUUCAAAGAAGUUGAUUGCAAAUUCUCUUAGUUUGUCUAAGUUGGUGCUAAUCCACAAGAGGGAUCCACAUAAUGGGUUACGAAAUGUUUUUAGUGAACCAUUGUCGGGUUCAAAGCAGCCUAGAAUAUCCAAGUCAUCUAAUGUAAUCAACAAAUUGGUUGAAUAUUUGAAUGGCUGUGAAUGAUUACUGUUUGUAUGUAUUUUAAUUUAGAUAAUACAGUGUGUAAAAUAAAGGUCUAAAAACUUGUAUGGGAGAUUUCAGUCAACACUCAACCUAACGUUAGACUGUAUUUGUUUUUUAUGCUGACUGUUAAUAUUCUGUUGUAUACUAAUUUUUUGUGUAUACUGUUGAACACAUAAUUGGAUGUAUUUUGACUCAAUGUAGUGGAAAGAGUAAUGCUUCAAAAUUGAUGACUGAUUAGACUGUGGAUUUUCAUUUCAUUUACUUGAAAAACAGAUACAUGUAUAAUAUGUGAAAUAUAUCUGUAAUUAAUGGCACACAGAAAGUA